AUGGGGAGCGUUGAAGGACGGAAGCUCAGAUUCUGCAUCGACAGAGGGGGCACAUUCACGGACGUCUAUGCUGAAAUCCCCGGUAGACCCGAGGGCCGAGUCAUGAAACUGUUAUCUGUAGAUCCUGCUAAUUACGACGAUGCGCCGGUAGAAGGAAUCAGAAGGAUUUUGGAAGAAUUCACCGGAGAAGAAAUCCCCCGAAAUUCAAAAGUCCCCACUGAUAAGAUCGAGUGGGUGAGGAUGGGAACUACCGUGGCUACUAAUGCCCUGUUAGAGAGAAAAGGAGAAAAAAUCGCACUCUGCGUGACCAAGGGCUUCAGGGACCUGCUCCAAAUUGGCAACCAGGCCCGACCCAACAUCUUUGACCUCACCGUGUCAAAGCCCUCGAAUCUUUACGAGGAUGUCGUGGAAAUCGAUGAGAGAGUCGAGCUUGUCUUGGAAGGAGAGGAGAAAUCAGAAUCAGAUUCCUUCUGCCCUGUAGUUCAGGGCAUCUCGGGUGAGCUUGUGAAGGUCGUGAAGCCAAUUGACGAGGAAGCUUUGAAGCCUCUGCUUAAAGGCCUUUUGGACAAACGCAUCAGCUGCCUAGCCGUGGUCUUACUUCAUUCCUACACAUACCCUCACCAUGAAACAUCAGUUGAAAAACUGGCGACAAGUCUAGGAUUCAAACAUGUUUCCAUAUCAUCCGCCCUGACCCCUAUGGUGCGGGCUGUCCCCCGGGGUUUCACGGCGUGCGUGGACGCGUAUCUAACUCCCGUCAUCAAACAAUAUUUAAGAGGUUUCAUAUCCAAAUUUGACGAUGGUAAAUUAAACGUGUUAUUCAUGCAGUCAGACGGGGGCUUGGCGCCAGAGAGCAGAUUCUCAGGCCACAAGGCCGUCCUGUCCGGGCCCGCAGGUGGGGUCGUCGGGUACUCGCAGACCCUUUUCGGGCUCGAGACAGAGAAGCCCCUGAUCGGGUUCGACAUGGGCGGCACGUCCACCGACGUGAGCCGCUAUGCAGGGACUUACGAGCACGUCAUAGAGACCCAAAUAUCAGGCGCCAUAAUCCAAGCACCCCAGCUUGAGAUCAACACCGUAGCUGCCGGGGGCGGCUCGAAGCUAAAGUUCGAGCUCGGGGCCUUCAAGGUGGGCCCGGAGUCCGUGGGGGCCCACCCUGGCCCUGUGUGCUACCGCAAGGGGGGCGAGCUGUCCGUAACUGAUGCAAACCUUGUCCUAGGCUACGUCAUACCGGAUCAUUUCCCGUCGAUCUUCGGCCCGAACGAGGACCAGCCUCUUGACGUGAACGCCACCCGGGACGAGUUCCGGAAGCUGGCGAAACGAAUCAAUGCCCACAGGAGGAGCCAGGACCCGUUGGCUAAAGACAUGACGGUGGAAGAGAUUGCCCAGGGGUUCGUGAACGUCGCGAACGAGACCAUGUGCCGUCCGAUAAGGCAGCUGACCGAGAUGAAAGGCCACGAGACAAAGAACCACGCACUUGCCUGCUUUGGGGGUGCCGGGCCUCAGCACGCCUGUGCUAUUGCCCGUUCCCUGGGCAUGAAGGAGGUGCUCGUCCACAGGUUCUGUGGGAUUUUGAGCGCGUACGGAAUGGGGUUAGCGGACGUGGUUGAGGAAGAACAGGAGCCAUAUGCCGCCGUUUAUGACCCGGAAUCUGUGUUGGAGGUUUCGGUUAGAGAGAGAGCUCUUUCAGCUCGUGUGAGGUCGAAGCUUCGGUCGCAAGGUUUUCAAGACGAGAAUAUUAGGAUCGAGAUGUAUUUAAAUUUGAGGUAUGAGGGGACUGAUACUGCCAUAAUGGUCAAGUGCCCCGUGAACGAAGAAGAUGGAUCGAGGGGAGACUAUGCUGCCGAAUUUGUAAACUUGUUCCAGCAGGAGUACGGGUUUAAACUUGAGGGCAGGAAAAUCCUGAUAUGCGACGUGAGAGUCCGCAGUGUUGGAGUCACCAACAUACUCAAACCCCAGGCUCUGGAACCCGGCUCAGGAACCCCGAAAACUGAGUGCCGGUACAAGGUUUACUUCAGUAGCAGCUGGCACGACACGCCCCUGUACAGGCUCGAGGACCUCUUGUUCGGCCACGUCAUCCCGGGUCCCGCCGUGAUCAUGAAUGGCAACAGCACCGUCAUAAUAGAACCCAACUGUAAGGCCAACAUCACUAAAUACGGAAACAUCAGGAUCGAGCUGGACUCGUCACACGAAAACACCUCUUUCGAAAUAGCGAACAACAAAGAAAUCGCGGAUGUUGUCCAGCUUUCGAUCUUCAACCACCGCUUCAUGGGGAUAGCUGAGCAAAUGGGACGCACCUUACAACGAACUUCAAUAUCAACAAACAUCAAGGAAAGACUCGACUUCUCGUGCGCCCUCUUCGGGCCCGACGGGGGUCUCGUUGCCAAUGCCCCUCACGUGCCCGUCCACCUCGGCGCCAUGUCCAGCACCGUCCGAUGGCAGAUGAACUAUUGGGGCGAGAAUCUUAAUGAGGGGGACGUGCUCGUCACAAACCACCCAUGCGCCGGCGGGAGCCACCUACCCGACAUAACCGUUAUCACGCCUGUUUUCAGCGACGGGGGGAAGCUCGUGUUCUUCGUCGCCAGCCGCGGGCACCACGCGGAGAUUGGGGGCAUUACCCCCGGAAGCAUGCCGCCCUUCUCAAAAUCCAUAUGGGAAGAAGGUGCCGCGAUAAAAGCUUUCAAGCUCGUUGAGAAAGGCGUUUUCCAGGAAGAAGGGAUCAAGAAACUCCUCCUCUUCCCGUCGUCUGGUAUCCCCGGGACCCGCCGGCUUCAGGACAACCUAUCCGACCUCCAGGCGCAAAUAGCUGCGAACCAGAGAGGAAUUUCCCUAAUAAAGGAGCUCAUCGAGCAGUACGGUUUGGAGACCGUGCAGGCUUACAUGCGGCACGUUCAGGUCAAUGCCGAGCGCGCGGUUCGCGAGAUGCUGAAAUCGGUGGCUGACAGGAUCUCGCCGGACGGGCCGAUGGUGGUCGUCGAGCACGAGGACUACAUGGACGACGGGUCGCCCAUCCGCCUGAAGCUGACGAUCGAUCGGGAGAAAGGCGAGGCGUCGUUCGAUUUCUCCGGGACGGGCCCGGAGGUGCUCGGGAACUGGAACGCGCCCGAGGCGGUGACUUCAGCGGCCGUCAUCUACUGCCUGCGUUGCCUUGUGGACGCGGACAUACCGUUGAACCAGGGUUGCCUGGCUCCGGUUGAAAUACGGGUCUCGCGAGGAAGUCUUCUGUCCCCGAGCGAUCGAGCGGCGGUGGUCGGGGGGAACGUGCUGACGUCGCAGAGGGUGACGGACGUGGUGCUGUGCGCGUUGGGGGCUUGUGCAUGCUCGCAGGGAUGCAUGAACAAUUUGACUUUCGGGGACGAGACGUUCGGGUACUACGAGACGAUCGGGGGAGGGUCGGGUGCGGGGCCCACGUGGGAUGGGGUGGGUGGGGUGCAGUGCCACAUGACUAAUACGAGGAUGACGGAUCCGGAGAUAUUGGAGCAGAGGUAUCCGGUGGUUCUGAGGAGGUUUGGGCUGAGGGAAGGGAGUGGGGGGAGUGGGGCCCGUAGGGGAGGGGAUGGGAUCGUGAGGGAGAUGGAGUUCAGGCGGACGGUGGUGGUGAGCGUGUUGUCGGAGAGGAGGGUGCAUGCGCCGAGGGGGAUGAAGGGAGGUGGGGACGGGGCGAGAGGGGCUAAUUACCUGGUCGGGCGGGACGGGGGAAGGAGGGUGUACCUCGGGGGGAAGAAUACGGUGGAGGUGAGGGCGGGGGAGGACCAAAGUCAGGACCACGACUUACGGUGGAGUACUAUUUUCGACAAACCUCCACGCAAGGCCCAUGGCGGCAAGCGCACGGGCGCAGAAAACCUAGGAGCGGCCCGAUUUCGCAGUCAACAGCAACCUGCGGAGGGUUUUGACUACCCAUUUUGGGCCAAUCGCGCAACCCUAGGUGGCGUUCGAAAUGCUUCGGGCUUCACCCAUGAAUUUCGCAGCCGAGGGCCCGAUCGAGAGGACUCAGCCUUCACUGGGUUCGUUCUGCCGCAGAGCCGCUGGGACGACGGGUGCAAGGCUGCCGGCGACGGUGGCGCUUACCGACGACGAAUGGAGGUGCCUGAUUUCUACGAGUUGCACUUACCCAUGAGCAAUUUACGGCGUGUUGAGGCGGGCUGGAGUCGCGAUGGGCGGCGCAUCGCUGAGGACGCCGGCGACUACCAUGGUCGCACCGCUUGGCCGGACAAACAAUCCCUAGGUGAGUUCUGGCCACGCGAACAACGGAGGAUUGACGGAGGUCGUGCGGUGGCCUGGGCAUUUGACGGUCAUUGCGUCGCUGAGGGAUGGUCCGAUGGUCCUGGAUGCAACCGGCGAGGGACCGGUGCCGGAUUGACAGAGGCGCAGCAACAGGUAGGGAGAAGUGGACGGAUUCGCUAUUUGGGCGAUGUGCAGACCCGUUUUGAUGUUCAGAGAAAGGCGAAGAUACACAGCAGAUAUUGGAACACUUUUGGGCCUAAUCAAGGACGACCCAAUUUCAUUAAUUGGGACAAGGGGAGGGAUUUAUUUAAUCCAAAUUACUGGCCUAUGAAUUAG